AUCAAAUCUACUACCUUACCGGUGAAAAAUGGUACGAUGACAUUAUCCAUUCUCUUUUUAACAACGUUUUAAUAAUUGAUUAUAUGCUGAUAAUGUGAACAAGAAGGUUAUGAUCUGCCGAGUGCCGACUACACAAUGGCCUCGUGAAAAAAGUCGCAAAGAAACAACUCAACACCUAACGCCAUUACCAGAUUCAACAAUCAAACAUGGAGUAGAGAAAUUGAAUCAAGUCAUCCCCAAUUCGGAUUACUAUUCCUUGAGUUGAAACUUCUUCAAAUUAAACCUAAUUUGCUUCAGUUUCGAAAUUCAAUUUCUUGCAAUUAAUCAACGUUAUUUUAUCCAAGCAGAUAGCGUUUCAUCGGUUACCAGAACGAUUUAUGUGAAUAAAUAGCGCCAUCAGGCUUCAAUGGCGAUUACGACUCAAUUUCAAGUAGAUAUGCGUUCAUUUUCUUCAAUUUUCCGCCAUUUUUAUCCAUCUUCCUCAAUAUGUCGUCACUAUCCUGUACGCUUAACGGUUAAAGCCUUUUCCAAUGAUGCUGUACAGAAACUCGUUACCAAACCCUCCAUUUGUACGGCUGAUGAACUUCAUUAUGUUCAAGUAGCUGACUCUGAUUGGCGUCUUGCUCUUUGGCGUUAUCAUCCCGAUUCUCAGACUCGCACAAGGAAUCAUCCUCUUCUGUUAUUGUCAGGUGUUGGCACCAAUGCUAUUGGUUAUGAUCUUUCGCCUGAGUCUUCAUUUGCUCGAUACAUGUCGGGACAAGGAUUUGAUACAUGGAUUCUUGAAGUUAGAGGGGCCGGAUUGAGCACGCAUUCAACUUACUCUAAAGAUAUUGAGCAGUCUGCACAUGAAAUAUCUAGUAGGAUGGAGUUUGCAGUGGAAAAGGCAAAAAAUGCUGUUCAUGCAGGGUACACUUCAGAUGUUGAGGAUUGGGCAUUAAUUGAUGCUGAUGUCCCCGCAAUUAAUGGAGCUCCACUUACAGCUGCAACUGUGUGGGAUGAAUCAGAACUCGUGACAAAAUUGACAGAGACAUUCAUGCGUUUGUCUCAGAGGCUCUCUGGAUUUCUCAAUGAAGGCCAAUCAAGAAUUAUGUCAGCCAAACUAUUUGAUCAACUUCAGAAACUCUUGGAAGAUUCUCAAUUACUUGAUCGCUUCAAUGAGAUAAGGGAGAAACUUUCGGGCUUGUUAGAAAGUAAUGACAACUCUUCUGUGGCUAAUCAAAUAACAGAUCUUAGCCAAAGGCUAGUGAAUGUCUUUGAAGAAGGGCAGCGCUCGGUAUCGCCUCAGUUCUUUGAUUUGCAGGCCCGUUUUUUCACAGUUAUAGAGGAGUUUCAGAAACAGCUUGACUUGAUGGUGAAAUAUGUUUGGGAUUUGGAUCAUUACUUGGAGGAAGAUAUUCCUGCUGUGAUGGAAUACAUAAAAACUCAAAGCAAGGCCAAGGAUGAUAAGUUGCUUGCUAUUGGACAUUCAAUGGGGGGUAUAUUGCUAUAUGCUAUGCUAUCCAGAUGUGCUUAUGAAGGUAAAGAUCCUGGAGUGGCAGCCAUUGUAACCUUGGCGUCCUCACUUGACUACACAACUUCCAAUUCAUCACUGAAGAUGCUGCUGCCUCUUGCUAAUCCUGCACAAGUCCUUAAUGUUCCUGUUGUUCCACUAGGGGCCAUGCUAUCAGCUGCUUACCCCCUCUCAUCAAGUCCUCCAUAUGUUUUAUCUUGGUUGAAUAAUUUGAUAUCAGCAGAGGACAUGAUGGAUCCAGAGUUGUUGAAGAAGCUUGUUUUGAACAAUUUCUGUACGAUACCUGCUAAACUUAUAUUGCAACUAGCAACAGCCUUCCGAGAGGGUGGAUUACGUGAUAGGAGUGGUACCUUUUUCUACAAGGAUCAUCUCCACAAAAUUAGUACCCCAGUUUUGGCUCUCGCAGGAGAUCAGGACCUAAUUUGCCCACCUGAAGCGGUUUAUGAAACCGUUAAGCUCAUUCCUGAACACUUGGUCAAGUAUAAAGUUUUCGGAAAACCUGGAGGUCCACAUUAUGCACACUAUGAUUUGGUUGGAGGAAGACUGGCUGUGGAUGAAGUAUAUCCUUGUAUAAUUGAUUUUUUGAGCUCGAAUGACUAGAAACUGUAUACAAGCCUGAACACUGUUAUACAAUGAACUUCCGCAGUUCCAAAUAUUUCUUAUCUCUGUUAGGUCGUGCUCCGCUAUUUCAUGGUUUACUCAGCGAAAACGAAGUUUCUGCACAAGGCAAGCCACUCUCCUCUUUUAAUGUGAAUGUUAGCCAAUGCUGUCAGGCCAGUUUCUAGCCUGCUUACCAUACUUUUAAUGCCCAUGUUUUAUGGUCAGAACUGUACAUCCAUAUAACGUGUUUUUGAUUAUUGGCAAUUGUAACAUAUUGCGUUAUAGUCCUUGUCAGGUUCAUUCGAUAAAUGUGAAAAUGCGAGUUAAACGGGUUUUGUUGCAACUUUAUAUUAUUGUUGUUCCCCGCUAAAAUUUUGGGCUGAAAUUCAUUUUUUUGGUUGUCAAAAUUGUAAUUGAAAUGAUGUGAAGAUGUUAUAGCUUCAUCAGGGGGAUUACAGACAGGUUUUUGUUUGGGAUCUA